CUUUAACCCGUUCCAAUUCUGUCCGCCGUCGCUCUAUUAAAUAAUAACAAAAAUAACAACAACAAAAAUAAACAAAAUAAUAUCACAACCGACAACCAUAACGAGUAUCGCAUCUAAAAAAAAAAAUCAAAAUAAAAUAAACACAAAAACAAAUCCAACAACAACAGUUGCAGCAGGAAAACUUCGCUCCAAAAACACACGAUAUUCUAAAAUAUCCAAACAGCAGUGGCGAAACUAUCAACAAGCGCUAAAGAGCAGCACGCAACAGGAGUGGUUGUAGAGUGGAGCAGCAGCAGCAGCAACAGUGUGUCUCAGUGUUAUCAACAACAUUGCCGCCUUCGUCGCCGCGCGCAACAACGUCUCUCCAUAUCGACGCCGCAGUCGCCGCUGAAGUCAGCGCCAAAGUCGAAGUCACAGUCACAGUCAAGCGUCAGCAGUCGAACGUCAAAAUACGACAACAACGACAACGACGACUACAGCACCAAAGGGCAGCGGAGAAGACAGAAGACUCUGCACAACGCACACAAAAUUUCGAUAUCCAAAUCAAAGUUGCGUUCAAAUCGAACACGGCCGCAAUAGUAGCAACACCGUAGCAUCGUAACACGCGGACUCUCGACACUCGACACUCGAGAUAGCAAACCUUGCCACUUACUACCACUCACUAGUGCAGUUCUAACCACGUCGUCGACGUGCACCAACAUACGAUAGCAGUUAUCAGCCGAAAGUUGCAAAUAAUUUUAACGUGUCCACUUUGAGUUGGUUUUCGCGUGCAACGUGUUGUUGAAUAAAAAAUCCAAAAAUUUUCAAAAAUCGAAAAAUCAUAAACAGCUUUAAAAAGUUCUUUAGUUGUAAUCAAGCAUUUACUGAUAACUACGCGUUAAUUAAACGCACGCUGUGUCUAUUCAAUCAUAUUGAAAAGCUGUUCAAACACACUAAAAACUAUUAAAUCAUAUUUGAAAAGCUAUUCAAUCAAAUCAAAAACCAUUCAAUCAUAUCAAAAACUGUUAAAUUAAAAAAAAAAACUAUUCAAUCUUAUUAGGAACUAUGCAAUCAUAUUGAAAAGCUAUACAAUCAUAUUAAGAACUAUUCAAUCAUAUUGAAAAGCUACUCAAACAUACCCUAAAGCUUUUCGAUUGUACUGUAAAUGUAUUCAAGCAUAUUAAAAACUCUUCAAUCAAAUUAAAAGAGCUGUUCAAUCGUAUUUAAAACUGUGCAAUCAAAUUGAAAAAUAUUCAAUCACUUAUAUACUUAUAAAUAGACGUACUUGUGACAAUCUACAUUUUCGUGAAGAAAACUCUGAACUUUGAAGAAGUCUAUUCAAUCUGAAGCGUUUCAAACUUUACCUACAAAGUAUAACUCUUACACGAUUUUAGCAAUCAAUCAAACACAAUUAUAUAUAUAUAUAUAAACAGUAUAAACAUUUAUUGUAAUUAUAACGGCAGAGUUAUUUCUUAGCCAGUCAGUUACAAAAAGCAGAAAUCGAAAGCAAAAAAUUUUAACUCAAAAAUCAAAUUUUUGCUAGUUUCAAGUAAAAAGAAAACUAAAUCUUUGCACAAACUUUGUCGAACAAAUUAAGUUUAAGUCAACAACAACAAAAACAAAUAUAAAUUUGCAUACAAAUGUGUAGUAUUUUAUGAGAAUUGAAACAAAAGUGAAAUUACUUUAGCGUUCAAGCAUAUCAAUUACAAGAAUAACAUUGUUAUUGUGAAGCAAUAAUUUGCUUGCCAAAAACAAAAUACAAAAACAAAAAAAUAUUCAUAAUUACACAAUCAUCACUUCGUUUUCACACUCAUUGAGAAAAGUAGAAACCUUGUGUCUCCUUGCCAACCGCUCCCCACAAAGAAUCCCUUGCAUAUACCACGCAACGCGUCGAUUUUGCGCAAGCAAGCUAAAAAAGUGCAACAAAAUCAAAAGUAAAACGGCGAACGAUCCACAAAAACAACAAACAGCAUAAUCAGCAAAAACAAAAACAGCAAAAGCAAAAAAAUCAAAUAAAAAACUGAAAGUGCAAACAAAGUGAUCAAGCUAAUAAAUCAAACUAAAUCUAUAGCUUAACUAAAGAAAUAUUAUAACAAAAAAGAAAUAAAAACAAAGCUAACUACAACUUCAAACAUAUUCAAAACUAAGAGUUCCUUAAAAACAACAAAAAGCAGUGUGCCAGUGAAAACGCCGCAUAAGAAGCGAUAAAGCAUCAGUCGAGCAACAAAUUUCCAAAACAAAAAAACGUCUAAUACAACAAUUACAACAACUGUCUUAAAAAAAGCAUUCACCAUUGACGCGUUAAAAGAAACGGUUGCAACAACAGCUUCAGUAACAGCGGCUUUGGCAACAGCAACAAUCAAAGAAGAACCGGUUAAGAAAGAUUUAAUAAUGCGAGGAAGCGACGAACUUUUAAGUCAAGCAGCAGUUAUGGCGCCCGCUUCUGACAAUAAUAAUCAGGAUUUAGCCACAAAGAAAGCCAAAUUGGAGCCAAGCACCGUCCUUGGAGGAGUUGGCAAACCAUCAAAAGUCAUACACUUGCGUAACAUUCCAAUUGAGUCCAGCGAAGCAGAUGUCAUCUCAUUAGGUGUACCGUUCGGUCGCGUCACAAAUGUGCUCGUCUUGAAGGGCAAAAAUCAAGCUUUCCUCGAAAUGGCCGACGAAGUAUCCGCGACAUCUAUGGUCUCAUGCUAUACCGUUACACCGCCACAUAUGCACGGACGCAUGGUUUAUGUACAGUUUUCCAAUCAUCGCGAAUUGAAGACAGACCAGAGUCACAACAAUACCGCUGUCGUGUCCAGCGAUUAUCGCAUUCAGUCGCCAGCAUCUGGCUCACCGCUACCGCUGUGCAACACCGCCACCACCACCAAUGCCGAUGGCACCAUCGCCGUACUACAGAACAACUCGAACGCAGUCAACACCAACUCCACAGCCGGCGGACCGAACACGGUGCUGCGCGUCAUUGUCGAAUCGCUGCUGUAUCCAGUGUCGCUGGAUAUCUUGCAUCAAAUUUUCCAGCGUUUCGGCAAAGUGCUGAAAAUCGUCACAUUUACAAAGAAUAAUUCAUUCCAGGCACUGAUCCAGUAUCCGGACGCCCAUUCGGCCCAGCAUGCCAAGAACAUUUUGGACGGCCAGAACAUCUAUAAUGGUUGCUGCACACUGCGCAUCGACAACAGCAAAUUGACAGCUUUGAAUGUCAAAUACAACAAUGACAAAUCGCGCGACUUCACAAAUCCAUCAUUGCCACCGGGCGAGCCGGGCGCCGACAUUAUGCCCACCGCCGGCGGCUUGGUAAAUGCCAAUGACUUACUACUGAUCGCGGCCCGACAGCGGCCAUCCCUAACAGGUGAUAAAAUAGUUAAAAAUCAAAAUUACUACUUUGCAGUGAACGGACUCGGUGCUCCCGGCGUAUUGCCGCCAUUCGCACUCGGCAUUGGCACACCACUCGCCGGCGGCUACAAUAGCGGCAUACCGAAUUUGAGCGCCUUCGCGCUGGCCAACAGUGGUGCUCUACAAACAGCAACACCCGCUCUGCGCGGCUUCUCCAACGUGCUGCUGGUCUCGAAUUUAAACGAAGAGAUGGUCACGCCUGAUGCUCUAUUUACCCUCUUUGGUGUUUAUGGAGAUGUGCAACGUGUGAAAAUCUUAUACAACAAAAAAGACUCAGCUCUCAUACAAAUGGCCGAACCACAGCAAGCCUAUUUGGCUAUGAGUCACCUUGACAAAUUGCGCUUGUGGGGUAAGGCGAUACGUGUUAUGGCUAGUAAACAUCAGGCUGUGCAGCUGCCGAAGGAAGGACAACCGGAUGCCGGCCUCACACGCGACUACUCACAAAAUCCAUUGCAUCGAUUCAAGAAACCGGGCAGCAAAAAUUAUCAAAACAUUUAUCCACCAUCGGCCACAUUGCAUUUAAGUAACAUUCCAUCAUCGUGCACUGAGGAAGAUAUCAAGGAAGCAUUCACCUCCAACAAUUUUGAAGUCAAAGCAUUCAAGUUUUUCCCUAAGGACCGCAAAAUGGCGCUCCUGCAGCUCUCGUCGGUGGAAGAAGCCGUCUUGGCGCUCAUCAAAAUGCACAAUCACCAGCUUUCCGAAUCGAAUCACUUGCGCGUCAGCUUCUCCAAGUCGAACAUCUAAGCCACAACAACAGCAACAGCAACAACAACAACACAACUACUUUAUACAAAUAAAUGCAUGCAGGUGCAUGUGCAAAGUGUAAUCAGCUGCAGCGCGCAUAAGUAAAAGCAUAGAUGUGAAGCAACAACAACAACAUAGCAAACAAUAGACAGAGGAAGCAAUAGGUGCAGAAAUGUAAAAUACGCGACUACAAAAUGACCACAUAGAAAAAAUCGCAAACAAAAAAUCAGCAAACAAUAGCAACAACAACAAAUAAUAAGAAACACAAGAAGAACAGCAACAACAAACAAGUAAUCAACAAGGAUCACUACAUAUAUACAACAACAACUAUACUAUUCUAAAUAGCAACGGCAGCAGAAGCAACAACAACAACUAAAUUUGUAGUGUACUCAUUUAAUGAUCAGCCCCAACUACGGGAACUCUGUAUAGCAACAACAAAGAACUAACUCUAAACAGCCCCAAUCACUAGGGGAUAAAUCUAUAUAUAUAUUCAUAUACAUAUGUAUAUAUGCUUAUAUAUGUGCGUCACUAUUUCACUAUAUUUUUUUUUUUUUACAUUUGUAUUUUUAUUCAGCGAAAAUUAUUGCUACACCCCUUAUUAAUUAUUACUUUUAUUAUUAAUGAUACAACUUUAACACAUAACACAUACAUAUAGAAGUGUACUACAUACAUAUACAUAGAUUAGAUAUUUUUUGGAGCAAAUUUUACGCGUUAGCGGUAAAUCCAUAGAAAAAUCCAGAGAAAACAAUAGCACAGACAAGAAAAUUCGGAAACCCCCCCAACCACCUACCAGCAUUUCGCAACUGCUCACAUGCAAGUGUACAUGACAACCUCUAGAACACUAAAAUCAACAACAACAACAACAACAAUAG